UGUACACAGAAACUACUGUUGUAGUAAACGCUUUAGUUUUUUUCCCCUCUUCUCUCUCUUCAAUUUUCUUCUCUGUGUAGCAGACUUGAAGAAAAAUAAAAAUGAACAGAGAGCAUUGAACAAACAAAACACAAAAGCCAUAGCCAUGGAGUUUCAGGACCACUUUUCUCAAGAAAUGGCUCUUCAUCAACAACAACAACAACAACAACAAAACGCCGCCGUUUUACGUUCUAUGUUACCUGAAUCUCCUCAUCACAACGCUAGAAAAUCACCUCCUACUUGGCUCAACACUUCCCUCCUCCGUCAACAACAUAGCCACUUCGCCGCCAACGCUUCCUCACCUUCCUCCGCCGUCGCUGCCGGAGGGAACAAUUUCCUUCACCUACAGACAACUAACUCUGACUCGUCAAACUCUAACCAGUGGCUGUCCCCUACCGCCGCCGCCGCCGCUACCGGAGGUGGAGGUACCGGCGUCGGCGGAGGGCAUAGUGAUGAGUUAUCGGAGUCGAUGAAUUUCGCGAAGAAGAUGAGUCAACAGCAUAGCGGAGGAGGAGGAGAAGAAAACAAUAAUAAUAACAAUAAUGAGGAGGAGAAUUCGUGGGAGAGAGAGAAAUGUAAAGCGGAUAUAUUGAAUCAUCCUUUAUACGAUCAGUUACUGUCGGCACACGUUUCGUGCCUGAGAAUUGCGACGCCGGUGGAUCAAUUACCGAGGAUUGACGCACAGCUAGCUCAAUCGCAGAACGUGGUAGCCAAGUACUCUGUACUUGGACAAGGUCAACCACCUCUAGAUGAUAAAGACCUCGAUCAAUUUAUGACACAUUACGUUCUGUUGCUCUCUUCUUUUAAAGAACAACUGCAACAACAUGUCCGCGUACAUGCAAUGGAAGCUGUCAUGGCUUGCUGGGAGCUAGAACAAUCUCUACAAAGCUUAACAGGGGUAGCACCUGGUGAAGGUACAGGAGCAACCAUGUCUGAUGAUGAUGAUGACCAGGCUGAUAGUGACACAAACUUUUUGGACGGAGGUUUUGAUGGACCAGAUAGCAUGGGUUUUGGUCCUCUUGUACCUACUGAAAGUGAGAGGUCCUUGAUGGAGCGUGUUAGGCAAGAACUCAAGCAUGAGCUCAAACAGGGUUAUAAGGAAAAGAUUGUUGACAUUAGAGAGGAAAUUUUACGCAAAAGAAGAGCAGGAAAGUUGCCUGGUGACACAACAUCUGUCUUGAAAGCUUGGUGGCAAUCACAUUCUAAGUGGCCUUAUCCAACUGAGGAAGACAAAGCACGAUUAGUGCAAGAAACAGGUUUACAACUGAAGCAGAUUAACAAUUGGUUUAUUAACCAAAGGAAGAGGAACUGGCACAGCAAUCCAUCAACGUCUUCUUCUCAGAAAAGCAAACGCAAGAGUAGUGCAGGUGAAAUCAAGCAGUAAAAAAAGACUGAUGAAGGAGAAUAUGAAGCUUUUGUGUUCUAGCAAGUAUAAAGUUCAUCACAAAACCAAAACAUGAAAUGGCUAGAUUUUGGGAAAUUGAAUUAAUGAGUUUUUGGUUGUGAAGUAAUUGACCAAAGAAAGUUCCCAAGCUGACCUGGUUGACUAAAAUAUGCUUUAGGGAAAGAGAGUAUAGAUACUUGUGAAAGUAAUACUAGCACUUUCUUAUUUUUAUGAGGUUAAUUUUCUAUGUUUUUAAUGCAAAUAUUUUAGCACGACAGGUUCAAGUUUAUAUAGUUUUGUUUUGUAUCAAGUAUUUUGGAGGCUAUGUUGUAAUUCUGAAUGCUAGUAUUACGCAUUUUUGUGAAUAGAAGUUGUAGAUUAUAAUUA